AUGUUUCGUUGCAUUCCGAUUUUUAAAGGGUGUAAUAGGCAAGUUGAAUAUGUGGAUAAGCGUCACUGUUUCUUACAGUCGGUUCCCGAAGAUGUUAUGAGAUAUUCAAGAUCUUUGGAAGAAUUAUUAUUAGAUGCUAACCACAUUCGAGACCUUCCUAAGAAUUUUUUUCGCCUUCAAAGACUUAGGAGGUUGGGUUUAAGUGAUAAUGAAAUUCAAAAUUUACCACCAGACAUUGGCAAUUUUGAAAAUUUAGUCGAAUUGGAUGUAUCGAGAAAUGAUAUUCAAGAUAUACCGGAAAAUAUUAAAAGUUUACAAGCCUUACAAGUAGCAGAUUUUAGCAGCAAUCCAAUUCAAAGAUUACCUCCAGGGUUUGUCCAUUUGAAAAAUUUAACAACUCUGGGUUUAAAUGAUAUGUCAUUGACAUCUUUACCACCUGAUUUGGGAAAUUUAACAUCAUUGCAAAGUUUAGAAUUGAGAGAAAAUUUACUUAAAUCAUUACCCGAUACUCUGUCUCAACUGACAAAACUUGAACGAUUGGACUUGGGAGAUAAUGAAAUUGAAAUUUUGCCACAUCACAUUGGAAAAUUACCUGCCCUACUAGAGCUUUGGCUGGAUCAUAAUCAAUUGCAACACAUUCCACCAGAAAUAGGCCAGCUAAAGAAACUUACUUGCUUAGAUAUAUCUGAAAAUCGAUUGGAAGACUUGCCUGAGGAAAUAAGAGGGUUGACAAAUCUCACAGAUCUUCACUUGUCUCAAAAUGUUAUUGAAAAUUUACCAGAUGGAAUAGGAGAUUUGGAAAAAUUGACCAUUUUGAAAGUAGAUCAAAAUAGACUUGCUGUUUUAAAUCCGAAUAUAGGGAAAUGUUUAAAUUUACAAGAACUCAUUUUGACGGAAAAUUUUCUGUUAGAGUUGCCUAUAACCAUAGGAAACCUAGUGAACCUUAACAAUCUUAAUGUUGAUCGGAACAGUCUUCAACGCCUUCCUGUAGAAAUAGGAAAUUUAUCGCAUUUAGGUGUUUUAUCUUUGCGUGAUAACAAACUCACACAUCUUCCAAACGAAGUUGGUAACUGCUCAGAACUUCACGUCCUCCACGUUUCCGGGAAUCGACUUCAAUAUCUUCCUUUUUCACUUGCCAAAUUAAACCUUAAAGCGGUUUGGCUCUCUGAGAACCAAGCUCAACCUCUUUUAACAUUUCAAGAGGAUAUAGCUGAUGAUACAGGAGAACAAGUUUUGACUUGCUUUCUCCUUCCUCAGUUAGAUUUUACUUCGGACCGCAUCAACGAAGUUCACUUGCGCCGGGACGAAGACAGCGAUGAGGAAGGAUGGAGAGAAAAGGAAGCUUCUAGAACGACUUCUGUAAAAUUUACCGACAAUUUGGAUUUAGAUAAAGAAGAUUUUAAUAAAGAGACGUUGUUUGUGAGGCAAAAUACUCCUCAUCCGAAAGAAUUAAAAGCCAAAGCGCACAAAUUAUUUGGCGGAAAAGGAAAACCCUCCGAUGAGAAAACGACGGGAGAUGAGGAGGAAGGAAAUGAUAAGGGAUUAUACAGGAAAAUCCCUGAUAAUUACACAACGUUUAAUUCGAAUAAUGAAUAUAGAAUAACGGAAAAUCAAUUCAAUGAUCAAAGUUAUGACGAAAACGAUGAUGAUGAACGUUUGGGAGGAGGGGAUGAACUUCACGAUAACGAUAUCGAGGAGGAAUUGGAGGGUGAAAAACACGUUGGGUUCCAAGUUGAAAAUAACGGGAACGAAGAUCCGCCUAGGCAGAGCCGAUUGCAUAGGCGAGAUACUCCUCAUCAUUUGAAGAACAAACGGAUCAGUUCUCAAGUCGAUAGCGAUAAGGUUGCAUCAAUAAUGGAACAGGUUAUGAAAAAAAAAGAGACGAAAUUUUCGGGAAUAAAAGGAGAUAAAGAUGGCGUCAAUGCAGACUCGUCAAGAUUAGAACUCCCUAAUAAAAAUGUUGAAGUUAAAGAAGAAUCUCUGACAUUACGAAUCGAAAGAACCAACGCGGGUUUGGGAUUGUCCAUAGCCGGAGGACGAGGUUCGACACCUUUUAAAGGAAACGACGAAGGGAUUUUUAUAUCGAGAGUGACCGAGGGUGGUCCCGCUGAUUUGGCUAACUUGAAGGUUGGAGAUAAAGUAUUGUCGGUCAAUGGUCACGAUUUAGUCGGAGCGGAUCAUUACGAAGCGGUGGAGGUAUUGAGAAAAGCCGGAGGAUCUUUAACACUCGUUAUUCUCAGGGAAGUUGCCAAAUUAGUACAUGUCAACGGUGUAGAUUUAAAAGGGCACAGUUUGAAAGAUUUAACCGUGGAGAAGCCGGUUUCCGCGGAGGAAUCAAAAGAAGCACCAAAUGUGUCUUUUCAAUCUUCAAAUCCUUCACCCUAUGAAAAAUCACCCAGAAUGUUUGGACUUUUGAGGCCGUACACCGGUUUAUACAGCGCAAAUAGUUACAUGGCCAAUAGACCAAGUUACCGACUAACGAAUAGUGUUAUGAAAAGUGAUUAUGAAAAAUCAAACAGUGGUGGUGGUGGUGGUGGUGGUAAAAUUGGUGCUUUGAGUCCGACCAAUUGGCAAGGAACCACCGUUGAACCACCUAAACCCGCUCCAAGACGACUCAAUAGUAAAACGGAUUUGUUGGAAACGCAAGAGAAGACUGACAAUAUACAGGCUGCUAGACCGAUAACGAGUGAAGAGUUCCAGGCCAUGAUUCCUGCCCGGUUCCUGGAAUCCUCAACCAAAUCUUCCGAACCCAAAACGGGAAACGCAGAACCGACUGGUUCUACCGUUACUGUGACAGUUCGUCAACCCCCAAAUUUGGACGACGGUAUACAGUUUCCUCCUUCGCCCACAACCCUCGGGAGAGUAACCGAAACAAUCACAAAGUCCACAUUCACGGAAACCGUCGUCACUCGGAUCACGGAUAAUAAAUUGGCUUAUCCCGUUGUGGCAGAGGAUGUGACGCUGAAGCGACAAGGAAACGCAUCCUUGGGUUUUAGUAUUAUCGGUGGGACCGAUCAUUCUUGCGUGCCUUUCGGUGUGGAUGAACCUGGAGUAUUUAUAUCUCACUUGGUGCCAGACGGUAUAGCUGCCUCUUGUGGAAAAAUUCGAUUCGGAGAUAGGAUUUUAAAAGUGAACGGAGAAGAUAUAACUACCCUGAGUCAUCAGGAUGUUGUUAUGAGUCUUUUAAAGCCGGGAGAUGAUUUGCAAUUAACCGUCAGACACGAUCCUCUUCCUAAAGGUUUUCAGGAAUUGACCAUAAUAAGAGACGAAGAUGAGAAAUUGGGUAUGCACAUAAAAGGAGGAAUACGGGGCCAUCGAGGAAAUCCUCUUGAUAAAUCGGAUGAAGGAGUUUUCAUUUCGAAAAUAAAUUCCAAAGGAGCAGCAAGAAGAGAUGGAAGGUUAAAAGUCGGAAUGAGAUUGCUCGAGGUCAAUAAUAUUUCCCUUUUGGGUGUCACGCACCAAGAGGCUGUGAACGCACUGAGGACAUCCGGCAAUAAAAUUCAUUUGCUAGUUUGCACUGGAUUCGAAAAAUCAGAUGUUCAGAAGUUGCAGCUCGAGGGUAAUAAUCGGGAAUCGAAAUCCAGUUCUUUGAGUCAUAGCACUUCUAGUCUAGAUAAAGAUGACGAAGAUUCUGCUGCGAUGACGGAAUACGCCGGCGAAGAAGUCGUUAAUGCCGAAAACGAUAAUAAAGAAAUUAUGGAUUGCGAGGACAACAGUUUGAUGAUUUCCGGUGGUGAAAAAUCAACGCCGGAAAAGGUUUUAGACGUGGUGAGAGCCGUCGAAAUGUUGGUGAACAAACCAUCGAGUCCCACUGAAUUGGUCCCUCCGAAAUCUCCAAAACUUUCUCCUGCCGAACACAAAACGACGACGAUAGUCAUGAGCAAACACACUCUCGCUCCCCAGGGAGACUUGGGAAAUCAAACAGCAAUCGGGGGAGGUCAGCAGCCACCGCCUGGAAAUCCACCGCCUGUGAAUAAAACAUCCGUGAGUGAUAAAAAAAAAUUUUUUGAAAAAGCCAUGGACGAAGCCAAGCAGCCAUCUCCGAAGCCCGAAAAGCCGUUUAGUUUUUUAAAUGCCGACGAAAUAGAAAAAAUGAAACAAGAAGAAGAGAAAAAAAUUGCAUCACUAUCACAUGAAAAUGAAAAAAAUAAAAGUAUGGCGGAUGAGCAAAGAGCAAUAAGAGCUGAAAAAAGAGCUGCUUGGAGAUUGGCAAGGCUGAAAUCGUUGGAACAGGAAACGGCGCAAGCGGAAAUGGUAAUACAAAAAAUGUCGGAAAUGGUUCACAUAAAAAACGAUGACGACGAGGAAGAGAAGGAAACUGUUGAAAAUUUCCCCGGAAGGAUUGAAACGGAAAUACAAACAAUGGUGAGUAAAAAAUUAAAAUUAUUCUAA